AUGCCAGAUACGUCCAAGGAGGCCCACCGUGGGCGGUACACGGCGUUCAGCCUGGUGGGCGCUCAGAAGGAGAAGUUUGGCGGCAUUCUCCAUGGCUUCAGUCACCGAGUGCUGGCGAAGGCAUGGGGCGUGGAGGAAGCAGACGUGGCACAGCUGCUUCAGGGGCAGAAGGAUGUAGCCAUUGCGAAGGUCGACCCGGGGAAGGUCGUAUCUGGUGAUCCUGAUGCUGAUGAAGGCACCUCAGCUGCGUCUGCCACUGAUAACUCAGAAGGCACUGUAGCGUUUGGGGAUUUCGUGUACAACCUUAUAGAGGAGCAGGCUAGUAUCGAGACGCCCGGGGGCGGCACGUUGACUACUGCUGAUGGAUUUAAGCUGCCUGUGUUUCAACACCUGGGCGUUUCUGCUGCUCGCAUAGAUCUCCUGCCCAAUGCGAUGGCGGCUCCUCAUUGGCUGUCCAACUCAGCAGCCGUCCACUUUGUGACACGUGGCAGUGGGCGGUUUGAGAUAGCCUAUCCGGACGGCAGGAAGGCGCUGAGGAAGCGUGUGAACGCGGGAGAUGUGGUGGUUGUACCGGCUGCUUUCGCUCAUGCUGUUGAAGCUUCAGGGGAGGGCUUAGAGUACGUCGCUCUCUCCCCCAAGUCCAAACCCAAGCCUGGUUUUCUAGCUGGCGGAAACUCAGUCUACAGUGCACUGCCUACCGCUGUACUGAAGGCUGCUUUUAACGUGGAUGAAGCUUUGGCGGAGAAGCUGCGGGGCACUAGGGAGGGGGAGUAUGUGAUCCUGUCCCCUGGAAAGGGGAAGGGGGAUGGUGGGGCUUGA